AUGGCAGACACUCAGAAACGGCCGGAACACACCUGCAGAAGGGAAACGAGGGCCAAAAAAAACUGGGCAUCGGAGCGUGACGUUCACGCGCAGUUGACGGCGGUGAAAUUUUGGGGACAGGCCGAACUUGGCUUUCCGGUUCUGAUUCUGGGUUGCUUCGGAGUGGGUCUGAUGUUUGACAAGAUUUUGACCGGAAAAAUAGUUUCUGACGAAGAGACACAACUGAUAGUGUCAGCUGUGAUCCUUGACCUUUCUUAUAACAAUCUCACUUCAUCAAUAUUUCAAGGCAAUUUUAACUUUGGCUCCAACCUUGAAGAGCUUGAUUUGUCAAAUUGCAGUCUUAUGGAUACAAGUUUUCUCGUGUCAUCUACUUCCAUUAUGAAUUCUUCAUCUUCUCUUGUUGUUCUUCGUCUCUCCACUAACCUAUUCACAUCAUCAAAUAUAUUCCACUGGAUUUUCAACUUCACAACCAAUAUUCACACCCUUGAUCUUGGUGGCAACUUGUUAGAAGGCCUUGUUCCAAUAGGUUUUGACAAACCAAUGAACUCUCUUGAAUAUCUCGAUCUCUCUUUAACAAGCUGCAAGGAGAUAUUCCAGCUUUGUUUGGAAAUAUUUGCACGUUGCAGAUACUAUACUUGUCAUCUAACAACUUCAGUGGGGACUCUUCAAACUUCUUUCAAAAUUCUUCAUGGUGCAACAGACAUAUUCGUGGGCUAUCCUUGUCUGACAAUCGAAUCACUGAAAGGUGUGGAAAACUGGUUCAAGGAUCCAGAGUUUGGUCUUAAGGCCAUUGAUCUCUCAGGAGAGAUUCCUUCAGAAAUCGAAAAUCUAACUUCUCUGGAUUCCCUUGACCUAUCAAGAAAUGAUUUGUGUGGUAGAAUUUCUUCAAGUCUGUCCCAAAUUGAUGGGAUUAGUGCGUUAGACUUGUCAUACAACAAUCUAUCUGGAAGAAUUCCAUCAGGGAGACACAAGGAUACCUUUGGAGCCUCUUUCCUUGAAGGAAAUCCUAAUCUAUGUGGUGAGAAACACAAAACUGUCCAGAAGACAUAA